AUGGCGGAACCGAGCCAGGAUGGCACUCUGCUCGGCAUGCUCUCCAGAGGUUUCCAGAAGUUGCUUGGGACUGAGAACUUGGAAAUCGUAAAUCCGGAAGGAGGGAAGGAAGAUGUUUUGGAUGAAGCUGCCAAAGGAAGGUUUAGCAACCAGGAAAAAGAAGGUUAUUUUAAACAAGCUCAGAAGUACAUUGGCGCUGACGUCACUUCACUUGUCACGCUUCCUGUCAUUAUUUUUGAGCCCAUGACAAUGCUUCAAAAGAUGUGCGAGCUCAUGGAGUACACUGAUCUACUCAACAAAGCGGACAGCACAGACGACCCCAACAUGAGGAUGGUCUACACAGCUGCGUGGGCGGUAUCUCCGUAUGUGGCAUUCUCAAGGACGUGGAAGCCAUUCAACCCCAUCCUCGGCGAGACAUUUGAAUUCUCAAACCACAAUGGCAUCACUUUUGUAAACGAGCAGGUGAGCCAUCAUCCGCCUAUUUGUGCUGGGCAUGGCGAGAAUGAGCACUUCGUCUACGACUGCACCUCAAAGGUCAAGACAAAGUUUCUUGGGAAUUCAGUGGAAGUUUAUCCCCUAGGAAGGACGAGGGUGAAAUUAAAGAGGUCGGGUCAUGUGUUUGACUUGGUUCCUCCACCUACUAAGGUUCAGAAUAUCAUCUUUGGCCGUACGUGGGUGGAUUCGCCUGGUGAUAUGGUGCUUACAAACACUAACACGGGAGAAAAGGUCGUUCUUUACUUUCAGCCGUGCGGCUGGUUUGGGGCUGGGCGCUACGAAGUGGAUGGGUAUGUCUACGAUUCUUCCGAAGAACCUAAGAUACUCAUCACUGGCAAGUGGAACGAGUCACUGAGCUACCAACCAUGCGAUCAUGAAGGAGAACCAUUGGAAGGAUCCAAACUGACUGAGGUUUGGCGACUUACCGACUUGCCUGAGGACGAUAAGUUUCAGUUUACUCACUUUGCGAGAAAGCUUAACAGUUUUGAAACUGCACCUCCAACCCUGCUGCCAUCUGAUUCCCGCCUGCGCCCUGAUCGCAAAGCGUUGGAAGAGGGGGACCUUAACCAGUCUGCAUCAGAAAAGUACAG